AGUUUUACAAACAUGGAUGUUUAACAUCAAUCGGAAUUGGUUUCCUUUGUAGCAUUUCUAAAAUGUAAUCUCAAACAAUUUCAUUGUGUAUAAAAUUUAAACAUGAUAAGUCCGUGAGAUAAACUUUUUUUGAUUAUACGUUCUGGCUAUAUAAGAGAACUUGCCUUCAUAAAAUGUAUCAAAUCCAAUCCGAGUGAAAUGAUUACCUCCAAUCUGCUUUCGAGUAGAAUCGGAAUUCUGCUUUUGUGCUUACAGUUGGCAAGGGCAGCACGAAAAUGGGACUACGAACCAAUAUCGAUGAGCACGACCUCUUCGGAUGAAAGUAAGCUAAAGUUUGACAUGAAAAUCGAUCGUCUGGGGCGUGCAGACUGGGGAAUGUCGGCCACCUUAGAGUGGAAAUAUGAAACGAAUGAAGAAACUAUGGUUGAGGCCUCUGCUUAUCGUAGCAGUUCGGGCGAUGAGAGUGACUACAAGCUGCUUCCUUGGGCGAUUCCCAAGCAGAAAUUCUAUGAUUACAUUGAUACCUACUACAAGGAUGUGAUCAUCAAAAAUUUGGGCCACUGUUCCAAUCUUCCGAAAUAUGAGGGAAAAUUUCAACCUCCUUGGCCGCAGAAUACCUACAAGCUCGACAAGUGUAAGAUCGAUGGUGAUGGACUACCGGAUAUCGCUCCGCCCGGUUUCUACAAGAUCAUAUUCACUAAAUCUGGACCAGGCCAGCCCACAUGGGGCUUUACGGCGGUAUUCAAGCUGACAAACAAAUUGUUUUAGAUUGUUCAAUAUUCGAGGAUCGAGAAGAUCCAAUAUAUAUUUUUUUAAUAUCCAUA